AUGAGGCAGCAAAGGCUCCUCUUAGCUCGGCGUUUUGAUGAGGAGCUGAGCGAAGACACUGAGGGUGAUGUUUCCUCCACAGAUCUUGUCAGCUACGUGAAGACGGAGGAGGAGGAGAAAGACAGCCAGCUCGACGUAAUGAAGUUCAUGGAGGGGCAUUCGGAUCCUGAUCUGACGCUCGAGGAGGCCAAGGUAUAUCUUCGCAUCCCUCCCAAUGCGCAAUUCCCAAGGAUCCCAGGCAUGCGGUUGUCAAGACGGUUCUUGAAAGAUCAUCAGAUCAAAGGCAUCGCUUGGGCCGUGAAGAAGUUGUCAAGUUUAAAGGGCUGCAUCUUAGCCGACUCCAUGGGCCUGGGGAAGACUUGCCAGGGGGGCUGCGCAUUCUUCGUGCUGGCCCAGCGUCAGAUCAACUCCGACGAAGCCAUCAAGAAGCCUACGCUGGUGGUCUGUCCUGCAGACCUCGUCCAGGAGUGGGAGCGAGAGCUGAAGGAACUCCUGCCCGCCGACUUCAUCAUCUACGUCUACGACUCGUCUGCAAAGGCCGACAUCCUGGAAAAGGACAGCUCACUUUUUUCUGAGGACGAGCAAGCAGCGAAGACGAUCAUACUCUCUACGUAUGGUGUCAUGCAUCGACAGCAUGGCAGGAAGCGAUACGAUUCGAUAACAAGAAGCCAGUUCUGUGAUAUCGCAAAGUCGACAAAGGCGCGAGCCAUGUUCAAGCGCCUGGGAUGCCCGGAGUAUGUCGAGAAGGACACGCUCCUCAAAGUCUCCCUCCAACCAUCAGCAGACUUCGGCCAUUGGGUGUCGAAGAACACCAAACUCACGUCGCUUGCCAAAGUGCUCAUCACCGGCCAAGAAGUCCAAGUCCUGCCCAUCGAAAGAAUCGCCCUAUUCCGCAACCCCGAUCCCCUCUUGAACAUGGUAUGGUCUGCGCUGAGGACGGGCGAGGUCCAUAUCUGGGCGGUAGCUCCCAGAAACUUCCUGUCCUGGAGCAGAUCGAUGGACGCAUUCAAGCUCAGCCUCGGUGAGCCCAGCAGCAUGUGGUUUUACAACCAACUCCCACUGGUGGCACGCAAUCGACCCGAAAAAUUCCAAGCUCUCCUUCACCGCCGCGAGGAAUUACCAAUCCCACCCUUCCUCCAUAUCAGACCGCCUGCGUAUGAAUGGCACCAGUGUGCUCAGUGGUGGAGCCCCGCCAACCCCCGGGUCAUUUACCCUACCAGCAGUUGUUUCCUCAACGUGCAAUUGCCAGCUUUGCUCGCGGAGUACAGUGCGCGCUCCCAGCGCAUAACCCAGGUCUACAACCUCAGUGUUGUGCACCGUGGCUUGAUUGAGACCGGCUGGAUCCAGCAGCAUUCCAUUUACUUUUGGAUAUUGAGGUGA